CCACCAACGACACGAAACCACAACACACCACCGCCGCAAGCACAACACACCACCGCAAUCACAACCCCACCCGCACGUCCAUCACCACAAUCGCACGUUCAACGGUGAAAGCAUGCUCGCGCGACGGGACAGUGCCGCGACGCCUGUGAGCGCUGGGGUGGAUGGCUGGAAGCGCGCUGCUGGCGGAGGUCGUCAUGCUUCGCAGCGGAAGCAACGGAAGCAACAACGCCAGGGGGAUGUGGUGGAUUUGCCCGCCAACUGGGAAGUGCGCAUGGACAAGCGCACGGGCCAGCGGUACUUUGUGGACCACAACACACAAACGACAUCCUGGGUGGAUCCACGCGAUAUGUGGCGUCGACCAGAGAGGUUUGAGGAGUGCAGUGACGGCGAGCUCCCUCUUGGGUGGGAGAUGGCGUACGACCCGGCAGUUGGCACGUAUUUCAUCAACCACAACACUUGGACGACGCAGCUGGACGACCCUCGCUUCGGGCCCGGCUAUCACCAGCACACGGUAAUGCCGCGCAUGCCAGCAGCAUGGUGGAAGAAGGGCCGCAUACCGCGCACCGCAUCAAUGCGGUCGUACGCAAGCACGGCCGACAGCCGCCUGACGUCUGCCACGUCGCUGGACGACUCCAUGCUAAACACCUCUGCAGCCAGCAGCAACGUGGAUGCUGCAAUGGAUGAGCUCAGGCAACAGCUGCAAGACUUGCGUGGGCAGAUGCUCAAGCUUCAGGGCGAGGCGGCGCAGUAUGGCGACGACCCUGCCGUGCAGCGUGACAUGAAGCGCGUCAAGACAACCAUGCAGGAGCUCUCCAAGCACCUGCGCAAGCUCCAGAAGCAGCAUAAGCGAAGCCGGAUGCCGUCCAUCUCGUCGUCGCGCCAUGGCCGGGACGGUCGUCGUGGACGGGACAUUGCUCUUCAGGAGCAGCUCCGCCGUCUGCAGUUGGAACAGCGAACGGAGCGGCGCAUCUCGGACCUCAAGUUCCAGCUCAUGCACGACCUGCAUCAGCUGCAAGUGGACGUGGUGAAGGCGGCUGCGCUCCGGCAGCAGAGCAAUGGCGCUGGCGUUGGUGGUGGUGCAACAACGCCCUUGCCAUCGGAGCUGGCCUCCAGUGGUGCCCUUGCCGACAUUGCUUCCCGCCAACGCCAAGUCGAGACGGCCGUUGAGGAGCUGAUUCGUCAGCGCCGCAUUGAGGAAGAAGAGUGGCAAGAUACCAUGAAGCACAUGACGCAAUGGUUUACGAAGCAAGAGCAGAAGCAGGCAGGUAUGGAGGACACGCUGCGCACCAUUCUGGCUAACACGACGGCGGCCGCCGACAGCAAGGAGGCCGGGCUGGGUGGCGAUGCAGCAAAGCAGUUUGCAAACCUGGAGCGGGCGGUGAAGGAGCUGGCAGACAAGCAGGACCGAAGGGAGACCGAGGUGUGGAGGGAGCUGGAAGCGGCGACGCAGGUGUUUGUGUCCAAGGGGCAGCUGAAGGAGAUGCUGGACGGGCAAUCGGCGCAGAUUGAGGAGUUGCGACGCAUGCUGCUCGCACGGCAGGAGGGCCCCAAGACGCGCGUGUGGGACGACGACCUGCAAGUGUUUCUGGAGAAGAACGAGGCCGGCAAGUAUGUGUCACGGCGCCGCAGCGCGCGCUCCUCUCGCCCCGGCAGCACCACCCGCGGCAUGUCGUCAUCGGAGGCGUCCUUGACCGUACCGCCGCCGGGCACGCCGUCCCCCGUCACACACAUGGAUGCACUCCUGCGCCAGCAGCAGCAGCAGCAGCAGCAGCAGCAGCAGCAGCAGCAGCAGCAGGGGAGCAGUGGCGGUGACGAGGUCGGAAGAGGUGAUGGAAAGGGCGGUGCGCGUGGUAACACCCAGCCACCAUCAUCGCCAUCGCCUUCGUCAACAACAUUGUCCACAGCGCGCAAGCAGCUGUCCCCAGCGACGCCUGCAGGGCGUGUGCGCCAGGAAGCCAGCAGUGGCCUGACAGCGACCACCAGCGCCCGCCGUCGCCGCCGCCAGCAGCCGCAACCACCUGGUCAGGCCGCAACACCGUUGUCUCGAGGUGGUGCUGACAAGCUCCGCGCCGCGCGGGAGCCUUUGUCCGCUGACGCCAGCAGCAUGCCAGCAGCAGGUGGUGAGAAGAAGAAUGAUGACUGGAAGGUGGACGCAGCUGGUGUCCAAGGUGGCCGUGCCGGUGUGUCCGUGGUGGUGGAGGAGGACGAGGGGCACGAGGAUAAUGGACAAGGACAGGUGGCACAUGCUGAGCGAGGUGGCGUUGUGUCGCCAAUGGGAGUUGUGACGCCCGGCAUGGUGUCGCUGAGGAGGCGAAAGGGAAACUCAGCCGGGGAUCGCACAGCCGCUGGUGUUGCUGCUGCGGAUGAUACGCGCCGGCACACGGUGUGGGACCGAGAAGAUCUGGAUGUCACAGGCGGCAUCGGUAGCAGUGUCAACGAUGGCGUGGGUGGCGAUGGCGGCGAUGCUGAGGAGUUGGCACACCUGACGCGUGUGCUUGAAGAUGAGGAUGCGCGGGUGGUGCAGCAGCUGCAGGACGACAUCAACUCCGCUGCUGCGCGCUUGGAGUCUGUGCGGCUGCAAGUGGAGGAGCGGCGGCGGGUGCUGCAGACCAAGACGGAGCAGUCGCCGACGUACCGGUUGAAGCAGGGCAAGUUCCACGCUGCGCAGGCUGAGCGGGACGAGCGGUGGAUGCACGACGAGACGAUUCAGCGGCUGCUGCGGCUGGCGGACGAGGAGCGGGCGAACCUGGAGAAGCUACGGGCGAGGGCGGAGCAGAAGGUGAGCGAGCUGCGGUUCAAUCAGCGCCGCAACCCGCACGGCCUGUCGUUCCAUGACAAAGUCGCCUUCUUCGGCACGGCUAGCGCGGAGGUGGUUGAUGUCUCUGAUGACCUGGUUGGACCAAAGCCGUUUGGGCUCAAGCGCCAGAUUGAUGGCUCCCUUGACGUCAAAUACGAGCAGUCUGCAUGUUGAUGAGCUCAUGCGCGGGCAUGUGCAGUGGAGGGAGUGUGCCGUGCAGUUGUGGGGGGGGGGGAUGUGUGUGUGUCUGUGUGGAUGCGUGAUGUGUGUGUGUGUGUGUGGGUGUGCGUGUGUCGUACAGUGUGGGUGUGUGCACUGCAGUGUGGGUGUGAAGUGCGCUUGCUUUUUCUGCUCCUGCUGCUGCUUGCCUGGUUGCCUGACAACAGAGAGAGCAGGUGUGUGUGUUUGCCAUGUCCCUGACUUGUCCUACCCUGACGUCAUGAGUACAGCUUUUAUGUGCAAUAUCCACCAAUUUUUAU